GCCUGCUUACUGUGUGGGUACCGAAUAUCACAAUUUGUCGCUAAUGCAUUGGAAUACUACACAUCAAAAUGGUACGAAACACUUCAUCAAUUCCUCAUGUAUAUCGCAUUGCAGCUGCCAUCAUACUUCUAGGCAUUGGCUUCUAUGAAGGACUCAUAUUGUCUCACAAUUACGGACUGAUUCAUCUGGUUACCCCUAGUAACGAAGAUUCAUCAUCUCAACAAAAGAUGGAGCUACUAGGCCUAUCCACAUCCGACAUUCUUGCUAGUCGUCAGGAGGAACUUAGACGAAUGUGCCAUAAAUUCGAAAAUAUUUCAAAGACUGAAUUUACCACAAAGUCAUUUAUAACUGGGAAAAAGAUACCAUAUUUGUAUUGUAAUGUGCCAAAGGUUGGCAGCAGUACAUUCAAGAGACUUUUAUAUUCAUUGGAAAAUAACAUCUCAAAUCUCUAUAAAUACCCAGCCACCAAUAUACAUAUUUUAAUGAAAAGAAGAGAUGUUAAAAAUAAUCAAUCUAUCAUCAGGCCUACCAGGUUAAACAAAAUGAC